GUUGGCGCUAAAAGACAAGCGAGACUCGGGCAAGUCUUUGACAAGUCUAUAUAACGGCUUCAUCUGCUUGAUAAUUUAUUGACUUUUACACCAAAGCAUUUCUCUUUCUUUCUCCUUAUAACUAUCUCUAAGCUGCAACUCAUAUACAUAUACGUUGUGUUGUGAAUCGAUAUAGAUCAAUAUGUCGUCUACAACUGGGAUCACGACCCCGGCACUCGCGCCCCUCUUGCCCGUGACUGGCGCUUUUGCUAUGCCCUUCUCGGCAUACUUUGUUUUUCUAAGCUGCCGGGUUGUAUACCACCGUCUCAAGGACCGGUUUUAUGUCGGCGACAAUUCAUCUAAAAAUGGCGACCCAAAUAACAAGUUGUACCUGGCUAGCCGCUGCCAUCAAAACUUUAUCGAAAAUGUACCGAUGGCUCUCAUCAUUGCAGCCUUCGCUGAACUAAACGGCGGAAACCAGAAGACUCUCAGCAAUGCCCUCACCGCCCUCUUGACUUUCCGAGUUCUACACGUGGAGCUGGGUCUUAUUAAUGGAUUAGGUUUGGGUCGGCCAAUUGGCUACUGGGGCACUAUGGCUACGACUUUGUGGUUGGGUGGAUAUGCUGCGUAUCUUGUGAAGGGGUACUGGGGAUUCUAAAGAGUUGAGAAACAUUACUAGUAUUACUGGUAGUUAUAUGUAUAUUUGAUGCUUAGUUUUAUUGUAUGCGUCUGUAUAAGUAGAACUAAGUUAAUAUUCAUAAACACUUUCAGUUUAGA